CUCCCCCUCCCCCCCCCAAUUAUUUUUGUUUUGUUAUUUGGGCUUCUUUCUCUUUCUGCACAACUUUCUCUUUUGUACCACCACCACCACCAUUAAACCAGAUGGCUGGCAUGGGCCACUGUCGUCUCCCCACUUUUCAUCACUCUUAAAAACCCCCCCUCUCGUCCUCCACCACCACCCCCAACCCAUUUCCUCAUCUUUCUCUCUCUUUCUCUCUCUCUCUAGAGCGCAGGCGCACGGAGACGACGGCAAACUGAUGACGACGACGACGACCCAGGAAGCUCCGAUGAAUGGGCACUAGAGACCCUCUUGGCUCAUGGACAUGGGUUCGGGCUCGUGGACGACCGAGUCCGGGUCCUCUUCUCCUCCCCCGCUCGAGUCCCUCAACGGCCUCAAGUUCGGCCAGAAAAUCUACUUCCAGAACAGCAGUAAUGCCGCCGCUCCUCCCCCUCACAAGCACCCCCCCGGCGGCGGCUCCUCCUCCGCCGCGCCCGCGCCGCCCGGGUCGGGCACUCCCCCGAAGAAGGUGAGGGCCUCCGGCGGCGGCUGCGGGGCGAUCCAGGGAGGGCAGCCCCCGAGGUGCCAGGUGGAAGGAUGCCGGGUGGAUCUGAGCGAUGCCAAGGCUUACUAUUCCAGGCACAAGGUCUGUGGCGCGCACUCCAAGUCCGCCACCGUCAUCGUCGCCGGCAUCGAGCAGAGGUUCUGCCAGCAGUGUAGCAGAUUCCAUCAGCUUACUGAAUUUGACCAAGGAAAACGAAGCUGUCGUAGACGUUUGGCUGGUCACAAUGAGCGCCGGAGGAAGCCCCCACCUGGAUCGCUACUAUCCUCUCGCUAUGGGCGACUGCCAUCCUCUAUAUUUGAGAACACCACCAGAGUGAGUGGUUUUCUGAUGGAUUUCACAGCAUACCCGAAGCAUGCAUGGUCAGUUCCACGUUUGUCUGAGCGCACGACGCCUGGAGAUCUAAUCCCUGGACCAGGAAAGCUCUAUCCUCAUCCGUGGCAGAGCAGUCCUGAGAACCCUCCCCCUGACCUUUUCCUGCAGUGCUCAUCCGGUGGCACGACAGCUUUCCCUGCUCCUGGGAUUCCUCCUGGCGAAUGCUUCACUGGAGUAGCUGACUCAAGCUGUGCUCUCUCUCUUCUGUCAAAUCAACCAUGGGGCCCCACAAACCAGACGUCACCUCUCGGGUCGAACCACAUGGUGCACCCCCAGGGCUCGACCCUGGCUCAGUCAAUGCCUCCUCAUAGUUCGGCCAUUCACUUCACCAGUCCUGGCUCCGCAUGGGCCUUCAAGGGCGACGAAGCCGGUGGGAGCUCCAUUGGUCUAGCUGCUGAUCUGGGCUUGGGCCAGUUCUCACAGCCACUUAACAAUCAGUUCUCUGGUGACAUGGAGUUGUCUCAACAGAGCAGGAGGCAAUUCAUGGAGCUUGAUCCCUCGAGGGCUUAUGAUUCCUCGCACCAGACUCACUGGUCGCUCUAGGUGACCCAAUCAUGUUUAAGUUGGGUUCUCUUGCAUUGCGGAGUUCUCUGCAUAAGACUGCAUGUUCUUUUCGUUUUUGAUGAACACCUGACAUGAUUUUUGUCUCUAUUAAGGCCAUUGGCCUUAACUUGAACUUAGACUUCGCUUUUGUCUUUGAACACAUGCUAUCGGAUGACAACUGGACUCUUGGUUGUGUAUUAUUAUGCAAUCACGAACUACCGUGGUUACUUUG